AUGUCCUACCAAGAUCUCCUCACCUUAGCCCUAUACUCGAGCCUGAGGCACCAAAAUGCGGCUUUCCUCCUCAAAUGUACAGCAGCACUCGGUGCACUGCUCUUGUUGACACCACUGCUGGUUCUACUCUUCAUGCUCCUGCGCCUUUUUUUUGUAUCGCACAAAUUGGUAUCGCUGUCCGAUGAGCCCCAAACUAUCCUGGGCAAGCCCCUCCUGUUCCCCAUGCAACUCAGCCAUGUGCGCUUCAACCCAAUCAAGGAUCAGUUCACCAACAGAUUCCUCAUGGUCGGCGUGCCGGUCGGGCUGCGCUGUCGCUUUGGUAACCUACUUGCUAUCGACGACAAACGGUUGACACUUAAGGACUCGACGCUGGACGGACCAUCGUGGAAGUCAUUCCUUGCGCAGGCUACGUGCUGGCUCACGAUCGAUGGGGAGCGGUACCUCCAUCGAGGGGAUCAGGAUCUCGACUUGCGGGCCAAGUUGGAUCGGUAUCUGCAGAAAGAGAACGAAGACCCUUCCCAGUGGCCGUACGCGUACAUGCUCAGCGUCCCGCGCUUCUUCUGGUGGUCGCGCAGCGUAGUAACGUGGUGGUAUCUGUACAACGCGGAGCGCGAGCUCGACGCAGUCAUCAUGGAGAUCAAUAACUCCUACGACGAGAAACGCAACUACUUCUUCCGUGUCGAACGCGGCGAGAACACGAUCCCUGCUGCGGAGACGGAUGAUGCCGCGGAAAAGCGAUUCCUGGACGACAGCUACAAGGUCCGGACCAUGUCCUCCAAGCCGACGUCCACAUUCUACAAGGGUACCUGGCAGAAGUUCAUCUUCGCGUCUCCGUUCGAGAAAGUGGAUGGUGCGAUCGCGAAUCGCUUCAUGGAUCUCGCGCAUGAGUCCGCCUGGAAGCCGAACGCUACCUUGCUGAACACGAACACGCUGAGUCCGGCGGGAAAGGUCAAGAUGAUUACCAGGAUGACCAGCUGCGGGCCACCGCUGGAUCCGUCGCAGAUGACGGUCAGCGAUACGGCCUUGCGCAUCCGCUUCCGGGGUCUGAUGAAGAUGAUGGAUAAGACGCCAGUGCGUAGUGGAAGCAUUGGGCGUCACCCGACUAAGACAGAGAGAAAACUUGAGCCCUUCUUCCGCGCCUAUCUGUCCCAUUGUGUAUCCGUCUAUCCAGACCCGGUCGAGCUCGUCUACAUCCCCUGUCGGGCUUUCUCGGACGAGACAAUCCGCAUGAAGUCUCCUUCAUGCAUCAUCGACGGUGGAGCGGUACGAACUGUGACGAUCGAGGUUCUCGAUCCCUCUUUCUACACCCGAAUCGUUGACUACCUGACUGCGUGGGAGGGUCUACCCACCGAGAUGAAAGCAACCGACCAAGAAGCCGACAGGAUCUCUCAUAACAUUGCCGUCUCCGACCCCGCUUUGCUCCAAACGCUUGUCAAUUUCCACCCUUCGCAGAAAACCGAGGAACAAGCAGCCACGGAUGGAUUUGCCAUUCUCCGAUGGUGUCGCUGGAGAUCCAGGCCAAGCUUCAUGGAUACAUUCGUGGCGAACACACAGACACCGUCUACGCACAGAGUGUACUCGGCCCUAGUAGCGCGGUAUCUCCUUGCCCAGCAAUUUGCAUUUGACUCGCCGGUCCUUCUUACAGUUUUUCAUAUGUUUGGAGGCUUGGUACUUCGAUCGGGAGUACUAGAAAUCACAUUCCAGAACAGAAAGACCGAUGGAACCCCUAUGGAGAACGCAGUCCAGACUCUGGCGAGUGUGGCUGUUUACUUCGUCACGAUGCGGGUAUUGUCUUCGCGUAUAACUGCCGUUUUCCAGAAGCACUCCAGCCACAGUGGAUCUGGCCCCGUCGGUCUCGACCGCACCUGUGGAACAAGAACGAGAAGGUUGUGA